CAUUGUUCUGGUUCAAAGCAACUAAACCGGUUUCACUGUUACUGUUAAAGUCCAAGCUAGGCCGGCUUCAUUUGAGUGGUGUUUUCUGUGUCUACGUGGAAGCAUUCGAAGUGGUUGAGGAAAAAUAAUGGACAAGUCCGUCCAAGGAAGAUUGAUUUGUGGCAGAUAUUUUGCAUCAACAAAGUGUCAAAUCUGUGAUCUCACUUUUCCUACACAAUACACACAUUGUUGUUAUUGUUUUCGUUCCAAUCGUCGUUGUCUACAUAUUUAUAUUAGAGUCGGUUCGAAUCAGAGACAACAGUUUGUCCAAUGAGUAUACUUAUUGGAUUCUGAUUUUGAAUUCUUUUGGUUUUGUACUUGUUCCUGGACUGAGGGACUCUUCCAGGAAUGAAGGAACCCUAGAGUCGUCCAAGCUAUGAAUUUUUCAUCCAGGUUUCAUUAAUCAGCAAUGGAGGCGGGAAAAUCCAACCAGAAUCCGGGUAAGAAGCCCGGAGGAGCCGCGACGAUGGAUCACGUGCUCCUGGCCUUACGCGAGACGAAGGAGGAGAGAGAGACCAGGAUUCGCAAUCUGUUCGAGUUCUUCGACAAUUCGAAUUCAGGGUACUUAGACGACACCCAGAUCGAGAAAGGUCUGUCUUCGCUUCGGAUUCCUCCAAAGUACAAGUACGCUAGAGAUUUGCGUAAGGCCUGCGACGUGAAUCGAGAUGGUCGCGUUGAUUACGAGGAGUUUCGUCGCUACAUGGACGCUAAGGAGCUUGAGCUCUAUAUUAUUUUCCAGGCCAUUGAUGUCCACCACAAUGGCGACAUUUGCCCAGAUGAGCUAUGGGAGGCUCUUGUUAAGGCUGGCAUUGAAAUUAGUGAUAAGGAACUGGCUUCUUUUAUGGACCAUGUUGAUAAGGACAACAACGGUAUUAUAACUUUCGAAGAGUGGAGGGACUUUCUUUUGCUACACCCUCAUGAAGCCACAAUUGAGAACAUUUAUCAUCACUGGGAAAGAGUAUGCUUAAUAGACAUCGGGGAGCAAGUUGUGAUACCUGAUGGUAUAAGUACACACGCUCAAAGAAGCAAAUUACUUCUUGCGGGAGGACUAGCCGGAGCUGUUUCUAGAACCGCAACCGCGCCUCUAGACCGUCUGAAAGUUGUUUUGCAAGUUCAAAGAACAAAAGCAGGCGUUGUCCCGACCAUCAAGAAAAUAUGGAGAGAAGAUAAGUUGUUGGGUUUCUUCAGAGGUAACGGGUUAAAUGUAACGAAAGUUGCUCCCGAAAGUGCUAUAAAGUUUGCUGCUUAUGAAAUGCUGAAACCAAUAAUCGGAGGAGCGGAUGGUGACAUUGGUACAAGUGGUAGGCUUUUGUCUGGUGGAUUGGCUGGUGCAGUGGCCCAAACCGCUAUUUAUCCUAUGGAUCUGGUGAAGACUCGGUUACAGACUUGUGUGAGUGAGCUUGGGAAGACACCAAAGCUGUGGAAACUCACCAAGGAGAUUUGGAUACAAGAAGGACCUCGAGCGUUUUACAAGGGUCUUUGUCCUUCUCUUCUUGGGAUUGUCCCUUACGCAGGAAUCGACCUUGCUGCUUACGAAACUCUGAAAGACUUGUCGAGAACAUAUAUUCAUCAUGACACCGGUUACGAGCCGGGUCCUCUUAUACAGCUCGGAUGUGGAAUGACGUCUGGAGCUCUUGGAGCAUCGUGUGUUUACCCGUUGCAAGUCGUACGAACAAGAAUGCAAGCUGAUAGCUCAAACAAUACAAUGAGGCAAGAGUUUCUGAAGACGCUAAAAGGCGAAGGUCUAAGAGGGUUUUACAGAGGAAUCUUUCCCAAUCUUUUCAAAGUCAUUCCUUCCGCAAGCAUUUCGUACCUUGUUUACGAAGCUAUGAAGAAAAAUCUGUCCAUUGAUUAGACAGCAAGAACCUAAUGCAAUGUUCACAGAUACACUGUGACAACUCCUUGAUGAUGGCGAAAAAAAAACACUUGAGCUUCUCCGGGUUUUAUGUUGUCGGUGAAGCUCAUUGGACUGUAGAAUUGUAACUUGAGAAUCUGAGAAGAGAAAUAUAUUGGUU